AUGGCUGAUUCCAUCAUCCUCCUAUGUUGUGCGCUUUUCGUCAGCGCUGCCUGGCUGCUGCGAACACAAUUUCUCCAGCGCGGUAGCUACCGCGUUAUACGCAACAUACCUGGACCACCGUCGAACUCUUGGCUGAAAGGCAACUUCAUGAAGUUUUUUGACCGUCAUGGGCAGUCAUUUCAGCAGGACGUAGCGCUUAACUACGGCCCUGUUGUGCGACUCGAAGCCUUUUGCGGUAACAAGAUGUUGCAUAUCUCGGAUCCGAAGGCAUUGCACACGAUAUUCAUCAAGGAGGACACCGUGUACGAGGAGACAGAUGCAUCCUUUGCAUCUGAUGGAACACACAGAACUAUGAAGCUGUUGUUCGGGGACUGCCUGCUAGCGACUGCAGGCGAACAUCAUCGUAAACAGAGGAAGAUGCUCAAUCCAGUCUUCUCGGUCAGCCACAUGCGACACAUGCUACCAAUAUUCUACAGCACCAUCUUCAAGGUUCGAGAGGUAGUUCGUGCGGAAGUGCAAUCGGGUAAGAACGAGAUCGACAUGUUGGAAUGGACCGGUCGCGCUGCGCUGGAGCUCAUUGGACAAGGGGGUCUCGGAUACUCGUUUGAUCCUAUGGUGGCAAACACGGAGACGAGAAACGCAUAUGGCGAUGCUAUCAAAUCGAUCAACCCCAACCUGCUCGCCGUCGAAAAACUCCGCCGGAACCUAGACAUCCUCAUAGACCUUGGACCGCGGCGUUUCCGCCGCUUUGUGGUAGACAUGUUUCCAAACCCCCACGUACAGCGCCUCAAGUAUAUUGUCGACACGAUGGACGAGAAUUGUCGAGAGAUCUUCCGCGAGAAGAAGACCGCGCUGGCGAAAGGGGACGAAGCGACACUGCGCCAAGUUGGCGAAGGGAAGGACAUCAUGAGUAUCCUCAUCAAGGCGAACAGUGCGGCGUCAGAGCAAGACAGGCUGCCAGAGGACGAGCUGAUUGCUCAGAUGUCUCUGUUGGUUUUAGCCGCUACAGACACCACCUCAAACACGUUGAGUCGGAUUUUGCAUCUGCUAGCCGAACACAGAGAGAUGCAGGAGAAGUUGCGCGAGGAAAUCCUCAAGUCCGGUGCAGGCAACGGCGACAUCUCAUACGACGUGCUGAACAAAUUGCCUCUGCUGGACGCCGUCUGUCGGGAGACUCUGAGACGGUAUCCCCCGGUGACGAUCCUGAUCCGAGCACCGAGGAAGGAUUCAGUGCUGCCGCUGUCUGAACCGAUCUGCGGCGUAGACGGGACGAUGAUCAAGGAAAUUCCUAUUCCCAAGGGUACGGAGCUGAUUAUCGGCACGUUUGGUUGCAACGUCAGCAAAUCUCUGUGGGGUGAGGACUCCCUGGAGUGGAAGCCGGAGCGUUGGCUCUCCCCUCUGCCUCGUGCCGUGACCGAGGCUUCGAUACCCGGCGUUUACUCCAAUUUGAUGUCCUUCAUCGGAGGCAAGCGCGCAUGCAUCGGUUUCAAAUUCUCGGAGAUGGAGAUGAAGGUCGUUCUGUCCGUCAUGCUGUCCAACUUUACCUUCGAGCUGUCGGACAAGACGAUUGAGUGGAACAUCGCGAAUGUAUGGUAUCCGACCGUUGGGAAGGACAGCGAUCUGCCUCAACUGCCCCUCAAGGUGGGGUUGUAUAAAGCCUGA